AUGAUGCAACCAGUUAAUAUGAAUGCUCAACCUACACAACAACAAACAUCUGCCUAUACUCCUCAACUUACUCCACCACAACAACAGGAAGUUGUGGUUGUUUACAUUAAUAACGAUCCAGUUCAAAAUCAAACCACCUCAACAACAGUGGCUGGUCGUUUAGUUGAUCCAAUCGCUGUUGAAAGGAAACAGAAAAACUUUCUGAUUAUUGCUUCGUUUUUUCUAUCCUUGUUCUUUUUCUUAUUAGUUGCCUCAUUGUCUUUAUAUGUUGUUUUUAUAUUUGUGCUAAAUUUUAGAACAAGUGGUGGAGAGGAAAAUCAGUCAAUUGAGCAUGGAAAUUUCACAAAUCUUUAUGGGUGGCCACUUUGGCUUCUGGUCAUUUCCUUGACAUUAUUCAUGAUUUCAUUGAUAAUGUUUGUUCACAGAUAUAGAGCCUACUCAGUUGCUCUCAGGAGGAAGAUGUUAUUCAUUACAAGACGAAUGAGAGGAGUUGGGAAUCAACAACAACAUGUUCAACAGGAUGAAUCCAGCAUUUCUAUUUCAACAGAUAAACCGGCUGACCCAUCUACUAUUGCUCUUGCGGAAGAUCCAUUGAAAAGUCAUCCGAAUUCCUCUUCUCAAAUUGAGAUUAAGGACAAUAGAGUGCUUCCUUCCCAAUCCACUCAACACCAUCAUUCCAAUGAUGAUCAAGUUGUGGAAUAUAUCCACAAUCCAAAUGUUGUACAGUAA